ACACAAUUUGAUCCAACUUUUUUACUCCAUUUUCUCGUGAUCUUCUUCUUCACACUUUAAAACCUACAUUUUCGAUCUUUGCAACAACAACAACAACAAAAAAAACCAAAACUUUUGCUUGAAUUCACAUUAUCAAACAAGUAAUUCACAUACUACAUUAUAAUAAGGAUAUAUCAAACAACAAUUUUGUAACAUUUUAUUACUGCAAUGGACAAACCUCCACCCCCUCCUAGACCUACCAACACUCAUUUGAUUGAUAUACAAGAAGUAAUCUCAGAAGAAGAUGAAGAAACGACGAAUCUAACAACAACAACAACAACACCAACACCAACAACAACAAAAACACAGAGAACGGAGAAACGAUGGAGCAAGGCUCAAGAAGCAGAAAGAAGGACAGGAAACAAGAGUAGCCUAAGUAGACAAGUAUCCCUCGAAACAGGAUUCUCUGUUUUAAAAGGGAAACAAAGAAAUGAAAGAGUUUCUCUUAGUAGGAGUGGGAGAAGUCUUGGAGGGUUUGGUGCACGAAGUAGUGGAGCUGUUGUUGGGGAAACAAAGAAGGGAGAUUUUAGCAUGUUUAGAACUAAAUCUACUCUUUCUAAGCAAAAUUCUUUGUUGCCCUUGAGAAAGGAAGCUAAUAGUGAGACAGAUCAUAAUCCGAAGAUUAAUAAUAAUAACAACAAUAAUAAUAAUAAUAAUAAUAAUAAUAAUGUUAACAAUAAUAAUGUUAAUAAUAAUAAUGGAACUCAAGGGGGAGAUGAUUCUGUUCCUGCAGGGAGAUACUUUGCUGCUCUCAGAGGUCCUGAGCUUGACCAAGUGAAGGACUUUGAGGACAUACUUCUACCCAAAGACGAGACAUGGCCAUUCCUACUCCGAUUCCCAAUUGGUUGUUUCGGUAUAUGCCUUGGCUUAAGCAGUCAAUCCAUCCUAUGGAAGGCGCUAUCAAUCAGCCCGGCAAUGAAGUUCCUCAAAGUAACCCCUUACAUAAACCUUGUACUAUGGAUCCUAGCCCUAAUCAUUCUUCUAAUGGUGUGUUUCACUUACAUACUCAAAUGCAUUUUCUACUUUGAAGCAAUCAAAAGAGAAUACUUCCAUCCUGUUAGAGUUAACUUCUUCUUUGCUCCAUGGAUUGUAGCCAUGUUUAUGGCCAUAGGGGUCCCACCAGCAAUAGCACCAAACACCCUUCACCCUGCUGUUUUCUGUGUUUUUGCCAUACCAACGUUCAUCCUCGAGCUUAAGAUCUACGGUCAAUGGCUUUCAGGGGGCAAACGGCGUUUAAGCAUGGUGGCUAACCCAUCUUCACAUCUAUCAGUUGUUGGCAACUUUGUUGGUGCCAUUUUAGGUGCUAGGGUGGGGUGGAAAGAGCCUGCAAAGUUUCUAUGGGCAGUUGGUUUCGCGCAUUAUCUUGUGGUGUUUGUUACUCUUUAUCAAAGAUUGCCUACAAGUGAAACAUUGCCUAAGGAGCUGCACCCUGUUUACUGCAUGUUUAUUGCAACACCAGCUGCAGCAAGUAUUGCAUGGGAGUCUAUCUAUGGUGAGUUUGAUGGCUUAUCAAGGACUUGCUUCUUCAUUGCCUUGUUUCUCUAUAUCUCGCUUGUCGUUCGACCCAACUUCUUCACCGGAUUCAGGUUUUCAGUAUCAUGGUGGUCAUACACUUUCCCAAUGACCACCGCAUCGAUCGCUACAAUCAAGUAUGCAGAGCAGGCUCCCUCAGUAGGAAGCAAGGGCCUAGCUUUAUCUCUCUCAUUUAUGUCUACAACAAUGGUGGCCAUUCUAUUCGUAUCAACCCUUUUACACGGCUUUGUCUGGAAAACUUUGUUCCCGAAUGAUCUUGCCAUCGCCAUAGCAAAGAGGAAACAAGGCAAAGAAAAUAUCAAGAAAUCUUCGAAAAAAUCUAAUGGUAUAAGGCGAUGGACAAAACAGUCUCCUCUUUCACUGGUUUCGAAUAUGACUAAGAGUAACAAUGAAAACUAAACACCAGAUUUUGAUAUUUUGAUCUUGAUUAUUUAUGUAAAAAGUCAAAUUGUACUUAUGGCAUGAUUUCCAAUACUGGGGUAAAUUGUGCCAGAUUCUGUAUCAUGCUUGUAUGAAUGCUACAUGUAGAUCCCUGUUCUAUAAA